AUUGAUUGAAGCCGCAAUUUAAACGACUGGCUUUGUACGAAAAGAAAAUGAAGUUGAAAAGAAAGAGACGACGGACCACAGAAAGCCAAGCGGCCUGGUUUUUGCCAGGUGGAGCAUCAUAUGGCCAUGACCGUUAUUCUUCUCUUGAAUAAGUAAAAGCUCCACUUUCUCAUUGUUCCCGCCGCCGAAAUUUUACCAGUUUGUCUGCCCGGAAAAUCUCUCGGGGUAACCAUUUUGAAUGCACUCUCUCCCCCUUCUUACUUGUUUUAUUUUUUAUUUUGAUGAGUUUGAAGAUAAUGGCAUGCUGUACCACGGAAUCAUGCGCGUUUCGUGCAAGAAAGCUCGUUUCUGACGAUAUACUUCCUCAUAUUCUCAACUUAUAUGGAUCGCGAGCCAUACCUCGCGACUUCGAGAUCUAUGCCCCGAAUGCUUCCUUUGAAGAUCCACUCAUGUGUGCUCAUGGGGUAAAGCAGAUUAAAUCAGCAUUCUAUUCACUUCCCAAGGUCUUUAGAAAGUCCAGCAUUACUGAAUACAGUGUCAAGGAAAAUGUAAUAUCAUCUGGAAAGCAAGAGAUAUUAGUUGACAACAAGCAGCAAUAUAUAUUCUUGGGAAGAAGCAUAAAUAUUGUAUCACUCAUUAAGCUUUAUGUUGAGGAUGGAAAGGUCCUUCGCCAUGAAGAUUGGUGGGACAAGAAGCCCAUUAGCAAUCGACAUACGAGUACAUGCCCAUUGUUUGGCCGUUUUAAAGAACUGUCUCGCAGGGGAUCGAUGCUUGCAACUCAUGCUAUGAUGAGAUUUGGAAAGGAUCCACGUCCGAAAUAGAAAGAUGUAUUGAUGUUUUCUUUUUUCUUUUCUUUUCUUUUUCGUGGGUUGUGAUGCUUGUAUUUGUAUGUGAAUUGGUAUAUAAUAUUGAUGUCCAAGCUGUAUAGGCUUUCAGAUGAAUUAUGUUUUGAAGCUAUUCUUCUGCUGGUAUUUAUAAAUGGUUAGUAUUCGGGAGUUGCAUAGUUUGAACACUCGCAAGUUCAUUCUUAUGAUUUAUAAUACUUAAGCGAGUUGGUUCAACAA